UCCAAAUAACUCUAUGUUUUCCGAUGCUGCAUUUUUAUCGGUAGUGUAAUUUUAUGUAGUUAUAUUCUGCAUUUGAAGUUGAUUUGUUGAGUUGUGUAGGUUUAUUUGUUAGUUGGAAUCGGGAACUUAUUUUAUCGUGCCAUUGUUUUUGAAAGAUUCAAACCAGCUUCAUGGAUUAAAAACGUUUUUGCACAAGGAAAUUUCAAAAAGAAUCUUUCUUAUUCUUAUCUUAUUUGUUAUUUGAUUCACUAUUCUGAUAGACACCAUAUUUUUUCCCAAAGAUUUGUUUGGUGAUUAUUUCAUUUGGUGAUUGUGUGAUUCACAUAUUAGGGGUUUUUAUUCAAACAAGAAGGAUAGGAAGUCGAUUGGAUUAUUGUUCACAUUUACUAACGUAAUAAUAUAUUGAUCGAAUUUUCACUCAAUUUUUGAAAAAGAUUAUCUUUUGUUAUCAAUGGCUUAAUGCCAAAUAAUUAGUUGAGAGAACUGCUUAAUGUUGAGAAGCUCAGCAGACAAACGAGUUAGAAAGGGUUGGAAUCAAACUUGGGAUAGAUUAGUAACUGAAGACUUCAUUCUGAAAGACACGACUGAAAACCGACAACUCCAGAAAGAAUUGGCCGAAAAAGCACAAUUGACCAGCACGUUCAAAAUUCACAGAGGUGGCAAUUGGUACAGACGCGACCGCAAGAAGCAACGCUCCAAGCUGUCCAUCAAGGGUGGGGGCAGUGGCGGGGGCGGCGAGGGAGGAAGCCUGGAAGUGGCGGUGAAAGUGGAACCAGCUGCUUCUGCUGCUGCGGGGGCGGAUGACUCGGCAGACGAUUCGAGACCACCGCCUCCGGGGGCGGCGCCCAGUCACGACGAGUCCGACUCGUCCAGUGUGGAUGGCGGGGGCGGGGGAGCGGGUGUGGUGUCAGGAAGGCCCAUUGCCAUUCCGCUCUCCGACUACAUGCGUCAACUGCUCGAGAACGACUAUCAUCUCGUCACUCACUCCAACAAGUUGUUAAAAUUACCAGCAAAGCCGAAUGUUCUGACAAUUUUGGAGAACUAUGUCAUUGACUUUGCCAUGAAUAUUGUUUCAUCUAAUCAAGAAAAAUCCACACGAUCGUCCAGUCAUCCCCCAUUAACUCUUGAUGCCAUACGAAGAAACAUAAACCUGUGCAAAGAAGUUGCCGACGGGUUGCGAAUCUAUUUCGACUUCACACUGCGUGACUUUCUGCUGUACAAUCUUGAAAGGGAACAAUGCAAUCAGAUGUUCUUCAACUUCAAAAUCGAACCAAAUAGUGAAACAUGUUCGUCGCCCGUUAAACAAGAGGAGGUGGAAAAUGGCAUUUUUGUGAAUGCGGGCUCGGGCUCGCCUGUGUACUCGUGCGACAAGGAGGCUUCGGAUGGCGGUGGCAGACGUAAGAGUCUCCGCUCGCAUCGAUUCGAACUCACCAACGGCACCACGCCCAAAUCAGCUCCACUCAUCAAGGAAGAACAUGUAGACAGUACGCAAUCAUUGGUUGCAAAUUCUGCGCCCCCUGCGCGGCAAGAGCCCUUCAUCACUCAAAUCAUGGAAUGGAAGCUGAUCCCACCCAACGUACUCAACAAGCUCCCUCUCACUCCUUCUCAAGUGUAUGGCGCAACCCAUCUCUCCAGACUUUUCGUCAAACUUCCAGAACUAAUGCCCAGUGGAAUGGCAGAAAAGAAGCUGGACGUUUGCCUACGACAUUUUUCUUCAAUUUUGAAGUACCUCGAGGCACACCCGGAAUGGUUUGAUGAAUCACAUUACCAAGAUAACUGCGCAAGUUUAGCCGAUACAUCCGAACUCAUGUCAAAUUAGUUUUAUAAAUUAUAUUUUUUUCAAUCUUGCCCAAAUCUUUCCCAAACCAAUCAAAUUUUAUAAUUAUAUAUAAAUUAAAAGUUAUGGUGAUAUAAAUUAUUUACUGCAAUGAUAUUAUACGAUUCCAUCUUCAACUAAAUACUUAUCAAAUAAAUUGUGUGAAAGUGCAGUAGCACAUUAAAGUAUUUUUUCUGAACUUUAUCUGAUUAUUGUACAAUAAAUGUGCAUACCUUACUACUGUAUCUUCUUCAAAUUAAGAAAUUAGUAGUUGAAAUUCACACAAAUUUUGAAAUGUUCUGGUAAUUUUCCAUGUUGAAAUAAAAACACAAUAUUUUUGUCAUUUUCUAUGUUAGUUUAUCUUUAAAAUCUCAAGCCUCGAUAUUAUCAUCUCCAUUAUAAAAGUAAAUUAUUAUUUAUUUAUUUAUUCAUCUCCAUUAUUAUUAUCAGUUAUAGACCUAAUGAUCAUUAAAACAGUUCAGGCAAUAGUGUAUAGCAACAACAAAAUAUUAUGUUUUCAUCUCAAGACUAGUAGUAGCUCAUUAAUAGUCUACAAUUAUUGUAAUUCAAUACUUUCCUCUUAUCCAUUUAAUAAGCUACAGUAUAAUCAAACUCAAUAGCUUAGUUAGUAAAUCUUCAUCUAAAAUUAAUAACUUCAAAGAUUGUAUUAUUGUCACUGAAUCACAUUCUCACUUUCCAAUGUAGGUGAUAACUAAUCAAUCAGGUUUCAUGCAUCAUCCAUCACAUUACUAUUUUAAGUCUACAUUUGUGAUCAUUCAAAAACUGUGUUUUUAAAAGCCUGUGUUAUUCCAAUUUUCAUCUUAUUUAUGUCCUUGAUUAGAUACUUAAUAAAAUGAUGGUGUAACAUGCA